ACUCCUUAUUCCACGCGGUCAUCGAAGUGUGUAGUGCCCUUUCCCUUCGGGCGAAUCACGAAUGUGGGCCACCCAGCCCACAAAAGUCGUCCGUUUCUUCGCUGACUGACGACCUUUGGGCCCGGCCCGGGCCCUCCGGUAAGCCCAACUCCCUCUCCACAUUUUGGUCAACAAUAGAUGCCGUAAGUCUUCCUUCCCUCUGUCUCAUUACCAUUCUUUAACGCGGCAAUUCCCGCUUCCACAGAACUUCCCGCCGUAACACGACGCCUGCUGAUCAAUUCUUUUGAUUAGAAUAAAAGAGAAGCCCAAAAUCUUAUUUUAUAGAAAAAAAAGCUUCCACCGAUGACAACAAGAUUCGGCUUUCAUCCCUUCUUGUCCCUUUUCUGCUUCAUUUUAUUAACAUCUUCCAUUAGCGCACAACAACAGGACACUCUCACGAUCGGCCAAUCACUAACCGACGGCGAGUCCCUUGUCUCAUCCGGCGGCAGCUUCCGGCUGGGCUUCUUCCGGCCGGAAAAUUCCAGCAGCCGGUAUUUGGGGAUUUGGUACGGCGCCAGAGUACCGACUCAAACGAUCGUAUGGGUCGCCAACAGAGGAGCCCCGAUUUCCGACACCAGAGGAUUCCUCAACCUCACCAGGGAAGGAAUCCUCGCCCUCUCCGACGGCGGCAGGAAUAACAACCUCGCCGUCUGGUCCUCCAACGUGACCAGACGGCCGGGGAACAACCCCGUCGUCGCCCAGCUUCUCGAAUCCGGCAACCUGGUUGUCAGAGAGGCAGCCGAGGAGAACCCGGAUAACUUCCUGUGGCAGAGCUUCGAUUACCUCACCAACACGCUCCUCCCGGGGAUGAAGCUCGGGAGGAACCUGACGUCCGGUCUGAACCGGAAGAUGAGGUCGUGGAGGAGCGGGGAGGACCCCGCGGAGGGCGACUUCUCCGUCCUCAUCGAGACGGAGGGUUACCCUCAGCUGUUGGUACGGAGGGGCGCCGCGAUUCAGUUUCGCGCUGGAUCGUGGAACGGCCUCCGUUUCACCGGGGUUCCGGCCCUGAACCCCAGUCCGACUUUUUCGUUCGAGUACCGGUACGAGGAGGGACGGGAGGUCUUCUUCAGGUUCGGGGUGCCCAACAACACGGUCGUGUCCAGGUACGCGAUUUCCCCUGCCGGGCUGCUCCAGCUGCUGACGUGGAGCAGUCGGACGGGGGUGUGGAUAGUGAUAGCCACGGGCCAGGGGGACCGGUGCGAGAACUACGGGUUGUGUGGGACCUACGCGAACUGUUACACGUACCGGGCCCCGGCCUGUCAGUGUCUGACCGGGUUCAGCCCGAGGAACCCGGGCGAUUGGGGCCGGUCGGACUGGGAAGAAGGGUGCGUCAGGAGGACUCCGCUGGCUUGUAACUCGAGCGAUGGAUUCAUCAUGCAUUCAAGGGUCAAGCUGCCGAAUACCGCCGUGACGCGAUGGAAUCGGACGAUUGGGCUGGCGGAAUGUCGGAUGUUGUGCUUGGGGAACUGUUCUUGCACAGGGUAUUCUAGCUUGGACAUAAGUAAUGGCGAGAGCGGGUGUUUGAUGUGGUUCGAUGAUUUGAUUGAUAUUAGAGAACUGGCGGAUGGUGGGCAGGAUUUGUACGUCAGGAUGGCCGGGUCAGAAAUACGAGAGGUGGUUCCGGAGCAGGGGAGGCCCAAUAGACGAAGGAAAACGAUAAUCGUGAUCGCCUCAGUGAUUUCGUCAUCAAUGGCGUUGCUAGUGAUUUUAGGGAUUCUGCUUUAUGCUAGAAAAAGGAAACUCAAGCAAAAAGAAACACUAAAAACAAUAAAUACUCCAUUGCCAAGGAUAAAAUCCCAGAAGGAGCGUAAUGAAGAGUUGGAUCUACCGACAUUUGAUUUGAGCACAAUAGUGGAGGCAACAAAUGACUUUGCCAUAGGGAAUAAGCUUGGAGAAGGUGGAUUUGGGCCCGUCUACAUGGGAAAACUCUCCGAAGGACAAGAAAUAGCGGUGAAGAGGCUCUCAAAGAGCUCGGGACAAGGGCUCAAUGAGUUCAAGAACGAGGUCAUUUUGUUCUCAAAACUCCAGCACCGGAAUCUUGUUCGGUUGUUGGGUUGUUGCAUUAACGAUGACGAAAAGAUGUUGAUCUACGAAUACAUGCCUAACAAGAGCCUCGACUUCUUCAUUUUUAAUGAGACUCAGAGAAAACUACUGAACUGGCAAAGAAGAACGACAAUCAUUGACGGGAUUGCUCGAGGCCUGCUUUACCUUCACCAGGACUCCAGGUUGAGGAUCAUCCACCGAGACCUGAAAGCCAGCAACAUAUUGCUCGACAAGGAGUUGAGACCUAAAAUUUCCGACUUUGGCCUCGCGAGGACUUUUGGAGGAGAUCAAACGGAGGGCGAAACAAAUAAAGUCGUGGGCACGUUCGGCUAUAUGUCUCCGGAGUAUGCGGUGGAUGGUCUCUUCUCGGUGAAAUCGGACGUGUUCAGUUUCGGAGUGCUGGUUCUCGAGAUAAUGAGCGGCAGGAGAAACCGAGGGUUCUAUCACGCUGACCACGACCUCAAUCUCGUCGGCCACGCAUGGACGUUGUGGAACGAAGGAGCGGCCCUGGGAUUGAUAGACGAUUCGUUGAACGAGAGUUGCAACCAAUCAGAAGUGUUGAGAUGCAUCCACGUGGCGUUGCUGUGCGUGCAACAGAGGCCCGAAGACAGGCCCAACAUGUCGGCGGCGGUGCUGAUGUUGGGCAGCGAGAAUCCUCUGCCGCAGCCCAAGUUGCCUGGAUUCUACCUCAGACGGAAUCCGCCGGAGGCCGAUUCUUCUUCCUCGAAGAAUAUCAAUGAUUCUUGCUCUGUUAAUCAAGUCUCGAUGACUGUAAUGGAGCCCAGGUAGUUCAAGAGCAACGUACGUGUACGUACAUUCUUUUCGUUCAAACUUUGAGAAGGGUUGGAGUAGAAUGUAAGAUUGGAUACUUUAGAAAGAUUCUUGACGUAGACUGUUGUUUAUAGAGAGAGAGAUAUAUAUAUGGUAAAAAAAACAAUGGAGAAUAUUACUUAUAUGGGCAUAACAAGUUGUACAAUGUUAAAGAUAUUGUGCUUUCCAAUUUCUCAUAUAGCAUUACGAGAAAAUUGGAGUUUACCAACAAGUGAAAUAUGUUGUAAGAAGUUUUGAUAGUGUUGUAUAUCCAAUAUGUAACACUUUUAAUAGUGUCAUUUAAAAUUGGUGUUACCUUAAGUAACAUAUAACAUUUAUUUAAAUUUUUUGUAAAGAGGAAAAGUGCUCAUAUGCAACUUCAUUUUAAGCAGCACCUUCAAAAAUUAUGCAACACUUUUUGACGAGUAUAACUAUAACCAACAAAUACAUGCUUUAAUCAUGAGAAAUUUAAUAGUCAUAUGAGAUAUAUAUAUAUAUACUCAGUCAUGAUAACUUCCGAUUGUAACAAAUAGUAUCACUUGUGACUCUUUUGUAUCAUUCCCAAAUGUAUUUCAAAUGUUACUCGUUUAAUUUGUGAAUGAGUCACCUAUACCUCAAUAGUUUUAUUACAAAUUAUAUUUUUGUGAAAAAGCUAUUCUUAGAACUAUUCAUUGUAUCCGACUAUGAGUCGCUUCUUUGAUUUCCAGUCCUAACAAAAUUUUAUUAAUCAGUUACAUCAUUAUAAGUUCGGUUAUGGUGCCAUUUACAAUCGAAUCCCUUUUUUACCAACUUUUUUUGCAACAUAUCGAUAAUAUUUGUGAUUGUAGUAAAACUAAUAGAUUGGUGGUGAUAUCCUUUGGUGACAAAACCUAACCGUAUAUAUUACUUUAAUAGUGGUGAGGUAAAUUAUCACAUUAUCGACACAAAUAUAUAUUAAACGUAACAUAACAAUAACAUGGACACAAUGGUUAAUAAGAGAGCACUUCUACUAUGCUAUUUACCAUUGGUGCUUUAAUGUACAACUUGAAGUUGUACCAUAAAAUUAAAUGUAUAAGUUUAAGUUGUACCAUAAAGGAAUUUGUAUCAUUAUGUUUUUUUUUAUGAAUUUGUAUCAUUAUGUUAUGAUACAAUUUUACAACUUGAAGUUGUACCAUCACAUAAGGUACACGUUUAAGUUAUAUCAUAAAAGAAUUUGUACAAAAGUAUAGGUACAAUCUGAAGUUGUACCAUAACGUUAAAAGUACAAUUUCAAGUUGUACUAUAAAGGCAAAAACCUAUAACACCAAAGUUAUUCUUAGAGCUAUGAAAGUAUUGGUGACAGAAUUUUAUUAAUCAGUUACAUUAUUAUAAGUUCGGUUAUGGUGCCAUUUUCGUAGCCCUUUUUUACCAACUUUUUUUUGCAACAUAUUGAUAAUAUUUGUGAUUGUAGUAAAACUAAUAGAUUGGUGAUGAUAUCCUUUGGUGACAAAACCCAACCAAAUAUAUGACUUUAAUAGUGGUGAGGUAAAUUAUCACUACUGUCGACACAAAUAUAUAUUAAACGUAACAUAACAAUAACAUGAACACAAUGGUUAAUAAGAGACAUAUAUUUUGUUGAAUCUCCAAUCUCUAAUUCUCAUUGUAUAGUUUUUAGGUCUGUUCCACGAACUGCCAACUAGGUUGUCUAUGAAGUGGCACGUAAAAAGCUCUACGGCUGUCCUCUUUAGAAUUUACGAUCCUUCGAUCUUUUGUAGAUUAGCUUCACUAGGUAUUGCUCUGAGUGAGUUUUGAAUAGAGGUUCUAAACUACG